AUGGGAUUUGCAGAGACCUCAAAUUUUAGUCUGAACUGCUGCGGCAAAUUGACGAUUCUCCGCGGUGCUUUUGUAUACGAUCUGCAGUCAAGCGAUUCCACCACUGCGGAGAGAUUCCUGUCGAGCUUUGUUUGCGGUUACUUCACACACGGAGCUGCCCAGGAGAUUGACAUCAGGGGAUCAUCGGAAAGCACAACGCUGGAUUUACUUCGGCCAGCGAUGAACGCUCUUUCGAUUCCCUCGAAGCUGCCUACUUUGGCCGAGCUGUUCCCGUCGACGCCAACCCUCGUCACAUCGUCGUUGUUGUACAUUCCAUCGACUUUGCAUCUCACACGGAUCCCGACAUCUUGA